UUAUUUUCUCAAAAAAUGAGCUCCAUUUUUGGCUAAACCUCUUAGUUUCCGAGAUUCCCUAUUUAGACAUCCAAAAUGAAACACCCUGUACAUUUGAAGUUUUAGAGAUUUUGAUUUGAUUUGAAUCAUGUUCCCCAAAUCACUCUGUGUUUGUUAAAUAAAUUAACUUUUUGGCUAAUUUUUCGUAAAAUACUUCUUUUUGUUUCCUCUUCAUACAGCCAAAACUAAAAAUAUAGCGUUUUCCAGAAAGAAAUUAUAAAAAAACUUAGAUUUCCGUUCAAAUGGAAUCAAGUAAUAAUCGGGGAUAGAAUUAGGACUUUUCCAGAUUCCAAAUAGAUUCCAACUGUUUAUCGUUUAAUUGGAAACAAUUCACUUUGUAAAUGUUUUCAAAAAACAAAAUAAAUUACCUAUUUGUUAGCUUUCAAACUUCACAAUGUGACGUAUGAUGUCUACCUUGAAAAUUUCCUUUAAUUAUUAGAUUUUCUUCAGAUUUUAGAUAAAUAUUGCGUCAGCUGUCCAAAAUGUAUACCACUAACUUUUGUAAAUUAAAGAAAAAAAAACAAAAAAAAACAGAGAAAAGAAAAAUAAAAGAAGGUAAAAGUGUGUAGUGCAUGAUUAAAAGACACAAAAAGACUGACAAAUAAGAAGAUAAGAAUUCUUUUAAUUAUGCUUUAAUGACUUUAUAAACCUUGAAUAAAAGAAAAUAUAUAGAGUGAGUCUAUAAAAAUGUUUUAUUUUUUAUUUCUUUCAAUUUAAAAUACUGUUAAACAAAAUUGUAUACAAUACUGUAUAAUUAAACUAUGUUUAUCUAAAAUGUCAAGGCAUUUUAACAAUAAGACUUCUCCCUCUACAAUGAGCUUUUAGUCCGAUUUAAAUCACCCUGUAUUUGUCUAAAAUAAUCGAAUUAGCACAAAUUUUAUGUAAGUAGGUGGCAAUAUCGUUUUAAAAAUUAUGUAUCACUUAAUUGCAAGCAUAUAAACAUAAUUUUGCCUAAUUUUCCGCAAAAUGUUUCUGCAAAUACUCCUCCUUGUUUCCUCCACUUACGGCCAAAGCUCACAAAAAAACGUUUGUUUAAAUUUAGCCGAUUAUGCGUUUUCACAAUUGAGUACUAAUUGCUGGCACAAUCCCGAUGUCGGUUCGACUCCAGUGAGUGUUUUAAUAGAGUUUCAAGUGAAAAAUAACAUUUUCCAGAGCGAAAUUAUAAAAAGACAUGGAUUUCCGUUCGAAUCGCAUCAAGUAAUAACCGAAGAUGGAUACAAAUUAGGACUUUUCCGGAUUAAAAAUAGCGGACGUCCGGUAUUUCUCCAACACGGUAUCGCCUGUACUUGUUUAUCGUUUUUGUCAAUUGGAAACAAUUCACUUGCUUUCAAACUCCACAAUGCGGGGUAUGAUGUCUGGCUUGGAAACUUCCGUGGGACUAUUUAUUCAAAUAAACACAAUAAUUCGAAAAUAUCGGAGGAGAAUUAUUGGGACUUUAGUUUCUACGAAAUGGGAAUUUACGACGUGACAGCAAUGAUCGAAUUCGUGUCUAAAACAGUGGAAAAUAAACAGAAAAUUAUUUAUAUUGGACACUCGAUGGGUACAACAGCCUCAUUCGUGUAUGCAAUCACACGAAAAAAUCACUCUGAAAGGAAUUUAGACGCUUUGAUUUCGCUAGCACCAGUUGUGUACCUGAAACACGCCUAUUUCCCAAUCUCCAAUUUUGUGUCUUUGGCCCAACCAAUUCAGGCAAUUGCCAGUUUUUUUCAUAUCCACAAUCUCGGAAUGUCAAAUGCUGAAAAAGUUACAAGUCGGUUCAAUACAUGUUUGAACUCUUUCCAGAAAUUGAGAUGCGAAAUAAUGACUGAAAUAAUGAUGGCUUUGAAUUUAGAUUCACUCCCUGCGGAAUCCAUCCCGAUGUUUAUGACCCAAGCACCGGCUGGUACCUCAAUGAAGACAAUUCAACACUACUCCCAGGAAAUCAAAACUGGUCAAUUCCAAUUAUUUGAUUAUGGGACACUAAACCAGGGGAAAUAUGGUAGUGAAAACCCCCCAAUUCUAGAUCCUGCUCAAGUCCAAAUUCCCGUUUAUUUAUUGUACGGGAACAAGGACGCAAUCGGGGACGAAAUGGAUGUUUUCGAAUUGUUUAGAAGACUCAUGACGAAAAAAAUUAUAAAGAAAAUCCCCGAAAGUGAUGAAACAAAUUUCAAACAUUUAGACUUUUUGUACGGUCGUGAUAUAAACUACUUGUAUAAACCUUUGUUUGAAAUAAUCAACGCUGUUUAA